GUUGCAUGUGUGAGGCAACAUAGUUUUGGCUAUUGGAAUAUGAGGGUAGAUCUUCAGCCACUAAUGUUGAACUGAACAUCAAGUUUGUUUUAGGACACUCUUAAUGUUUUAGAGUUGAUGAAAGCUCGGGCAAAAUAAAUAUAAUUUUGAUUUAUUUUAGUAGCUGUAUGGUUUUUGACUAUUGUUAUUGCUUAAUGGUAAUCAUUUCUAAGGUAAUUGCACAUUUUACGCUCUGCAUCUCAAAUAAAUUCCUUAUAAUUAUUGUUGUUCUCUAUCUUCUCCUUAACAGGUGCACUUGACUGAGAGAGAAAGGCAGAAACUGCAGGUUUAAUGGAGUCAUUACAUGCCAAUAUAAACUGGCUGAAGGUAUGUUCAUGGAGUCAUCCUGUGCCAAUGCCAAUAGGAGAAGAUGAGGACGAGGUAGAGGGUAGGGGAGGCUAUGGAAAAUGGGCUUUUUGUAUGUCAAAUCAAUACUUUUCAUACGAAGAUACCCUAAACAGUUGGGUGGAUAAAGCUGUUGGUAAGAAGUGGAAGGAUCAUAAAACCUGGUUGAAGGGAAGAUUUUAUUAUCCUGAAAAGUCUGAGGAGGAAAAUGCUAGAAAUGUUCCACGCAAUGUGUUACCUAAUGAUUGGCAGUACUUGGUACACUACUGGAAAUCUGCUGAUGGCAAGAAAAAGGAAGAAAAAUGCAAAAAGAGUCGAGCAAUGCAGAAGAUUACACAUACAACUGGUAGUAAGAGCUUUUCUAUACUACGAGAUGAAAUGGAAGAGAAAAAUGGUGGUGAGCUUGUGGGAGAAAUAGAUUUUUAUAUGGCUACUCAUUUGAACAAAGAUGGCAAAUGUGUUGAUGAAGAAGCAGAAAGUACAGUGAAAAAGGCCAAAGAAAUGCACAGAGAGAGGUUAGCAACUAGCUCAUUAGAUGCAAUAUCCCUACAACAGGCAGUUAUGUCUGAAGUGAGGGGUAAGGAGGCUUAUGGUCGUGUUCAUGGCUUGGGUUUAGGGCCUACACCAACAAAGGUCUUUGGUGCUCAUACAUUUGCCUCUACAGCUGCUCAAAAUCAAGAAGUUCUUGAGUUGAAGGAUCAGGUGAUUAAACUUUGAGAACAAGUGGCUUCUCUAGCUGCUCUAGUUAGGCAGUUGACUGCAAAUAUGAACCCUUAAACUUACUAGGUUGGUUCUUACCAUUCCUAUGACUUAUCUGUUGACACUUGUUUGGGGCUUGUUUAGUGUUUAAUGGAAAAGAAUAUAGUUUUUGUAAAUUCCGACUCUGGAGUAGUAGUUUAGUCAUUGUCUAAAUUGCAAGCUCAUCAAUUAUGUUUCCACUAGUAAUCCAGAUCCUUGGUUAACUGAAGAAGUCAGUACUGAAUUCUUAAAUUGUGAUAGGCAUUGUUUUAUGGGUUCAGUUGCAAUUCUGAACACAUUGAGAAAGACAUGGCAAAGAAAUAGCAAGAGAUGGUACACCUUGAAUCCCAUAUUAGAUUUCUGGGAUAGGAAUUUGAUGCCAAAAUCUUACAGUAGUUUCAAAAUUGUUUCUUGUUUGUUUGCCUUCUGUAGUGUUACAUGAGUUUCAAAGUUGUGCUUUGUCAAACUAAUCCUGCUUGUGCCAAAAUGUAUCUUGUUUGCAUUUUAGGGUGAACAAGGAGUGCCAACCUUUCCAGAUGCAUCUUAAAGUAAUGAUGCUACUGGUGGCAGCAAUGUAAAGCAUUUGUAUAUGAAAAUUUCAAGAUUGCAGUGACUUUAAGUGUUAGUAGCAAAAAUGUCAUUUUCUAGUUAUUUUGUGUUUGAAUAUGGCAACUCAAGCUUUUAGAUACUCUUAGACAUGGUUGUAUGCUAUUUGGAUAUCAUUUUCGAUCAUUUUUUGGGGAUAGCAUUGGUUACUUUCCUGGUUUAUGUUGUGGGUACUUGGAUGAUAUCAAUGUGAGUCUUCAUUCACCUUACUUGGGAACAAUUUUUUUUAUCCUUUUGCCUUUUUUUCUAAAGCAGUUGCAAUUAAGAUUUGGUAAUGAGACUGAUAAUUAUCUGUACCAGAUAAUGGCUUUUAUUCCCCAUCCCUUAAAUAGAAUGCUUCAACUAUCUAUACAGUACAAUUUAGAAAGUUGGUUUUGCAGAUUCAAUGUCAGUCUGGAAUCUUCUUAGAGAGCUCAAGAUCAAGAAGGUUCACUUGGCUGUUGUUCUUAAUAAAUAUGGUGGAACUGU